AUGGUUAGGAAGAGGACGAAGAAAAUUUUGUUGGCUCUAUUCCUUGGGAUGACAACAUAUGUAUCUUUCCAGCUAGUAUAUGUUUGGAAGUAUCGCUUAACCUCUUUAGCUUCAGGAGAGGAAGUCGAUCAAAAGAUGGAGAAGAUCGAUUUGCGACGACUGACAACAGCCCUGACAACCUCAACAGGGUCCUUAACAACAACUUCUAUUUCGCCGCAAAUUAAACACAGAACAUUUCUUAUAACCAGGAGAUCUUGUAUGCAACAUUACGAUCUUCUUAUGAUUAUCUCAUCCGCUCCAGGUAAUUUUCAAAGAAGGAAUCUUAUUCGCAAGACUUGGGCUUUCGAAAGAGCAUUUCGACCAAGAUGGACAACGGUUUUCCUCGUCGGCCAAACACGAGAUGAAGCUGUAUCAGUCACAUUAUUAAAAGAAGAUAAGGCUCAUAAGGACCUUGCGCGAGCUAGCUAUUACGAACACUACUGGAAUCAAACCCUAAAGAUACAAAUGGGCUUCGAAUGGGCAGUAACGUAUUGUAAUUUCUCGUUUCUUUUGAAGCUGGACGACGACGUGUUUGUGCAUAUUCCAAGAGUUCUUUCCUUUUUGAGUGCGCCCAGCACGCCGAAGAAAAAGCUUUACGCUGGCAAUCAUUACACAAAUAAUGUUCCUUUCAGGGGAGGAAAAUGGAAGGUAACUUACGAAGAAUAUGACAAGACAAGAUAUCCAGAUUUCUGCCCCGGUUUUGGUUAUAUUUUAUCUCACGAUGUUGUAAGUACAUUUGUCGAAACGUUCUCCUCUUUUCCGUUCUUUCGACUAGACGAUGUCUACGUUGGCAUGCUUGCAGACAGGAACGGAAUAAGUGUCACGAACAAUGACGGAUUUGAGUUAGGGCAUCCACCAGGACAUAUUUGUGUUCCAACAAAUUAUACUUUAGUCAGGCAUGAUGUAGGAGAAGAAUGCCAGAUGAAGAUGUUCAAGACACUCGUGUUCCCUGACUAG